UCCGUUACCUUCUACACAGCAUACCGUUAGACUAUCAAUCAUCUUCUGUGUGGCAUGUAACUUCUCGUACUGUAUUUCCAUGGCGGCUCAAUCAACUCGCUUGCAGCUAUCAUCGUAACAUACUCAUUUCUAUACACACACAAUCUCGAUUCUUGCAGCUAUAGGCGUUACCGCACCGUGGGAGAUGGCAUCGGCGCGUGUCAACCACACCAGCAUAUCGCCGGGAAAUCUGCUAGAUUGUCCUCCGUCAAAGUACAUACCGCGUGGCGUCGGGAGUCGGCGGGCAUCGGAUGGUAGAGAUAAUUCCGGCGAGGAUAAUUAUGAGGAAUCAGAUCUGGAUGUACUAGGAAAGGAUACAGGGGCGUUCGAGUUCAGGAUUGGCCGGAAUUCUGACGCCAUUCUCCCGGCCGAUGAGCUCUUCUCUGACGGGAAGCUGUUACCGCUUAGAGUUCCGACGAUCGGAUGCGCCGCCGCGUCUAUUCCUGAGCAGCCGUGCCUGCAGGUUAGGUCGCCGCCGGGUACUCCGGAAUUGAAACCGAUAAAUGAAAAUUCGGCCGGUUUCCUGAGGUCGCCGAGGCGAUCGAGUCGGUGGAAGGAGCUUUUGGGCUUUAAGAAGCUCAACCAGACCAGAAUCAAUACGGAGGAGGAUAAAACGAAAACGACGCCGUCUCUCCCACACAAUCGUUCGAAUCUCAGGCGUGAAUCUGUGAAGAAUUUCCUUCGCCGGCGCAGUUCAAAAUCUCCAGCGGAAACUUCAAUUGAGGACAAAUCGGUCAGUUUCCCGUUGCUGACGAAGGAUUACGACAGCGAGAGCGCGUCGAUACCCUCUCGCAUCUCCUCUUCCUCCUCAGGGGGCGAAGAAAACGAAGACCUCGCACCUCGCCUCUCCCUGGACUCCCAAAAGCCCGCCGGCCACUCUCGGAACCGGGCUCAAACAGUCAACAACCGCCGCAAGGUCCGAUUCGUCGUGCGUCGGGGUACAUCGACGCCGUCCAAAAUUCCCUCAGGAGCGGCGGCGGCGAGUGCAGGGCGGAGAGCCUUCGACGCGUCAGCAAUCGGUGGAUUCUCGCCGGACAGUCCCCGAAUGAACCCUUCCGGCAAGGUAAUCUUCCACGGCGGGCUAGAGAGAAGCUCGAGCAGCCCCGGCAGCUUCUUAAGCGAGCCGCCGAGGAACAGGCACAGGGGAGUGACUAUGAUGCGGUCAUAUUCAGCGAAUGUCCCGGUAACUCCGAUUCUGAACGUCCCGGUGUGUUCGUCGCUAAGAGGAUCUUCGAAGACGGCGGGGGCUUUCGGCUUCCCUUUGUUUUCCUCUUCGCCGAAGAAAGAAGCCGCCGCCGGUAGAUCUGGCGGCUGGAAUAAGAAUUGUCCGGGCAACAGCAGGCAUCAUAAUACUACUGUAGUAAAAACUAAAAGGCAAUGAAUUUUUGGGUAAAUUUUUGUAAGUUGUAACUACUUCGUUGUCCUCGUAAAGAUUUACCUGAUUUGAUCGAGACCUUUCAAUAAUGCCCCGGAAUUGUACUUUCCCAAUCUCAAAUUAAUUUUUCCAAGUAAGACUCUAUUUUAAUUGUACAAAUAGAGUUGUACAUUAAAAUAAAUUGCAAAAAGUUAAAAAUGUUAAAAGUAGCAAUGAUAAUAAUAUUUUAAUUUAUCAAAAAAUUAAAGAAAAUUUACAAAUAAUAAAUUGUGACAUUCUUU